UGCUUUGUGGUUCACAAACUCAUUCACAGCGAACAUUUUCCUCAGGUGCCUGCGAGCCUGCUGAGUCACCGUGGCCGUGGUCGGCCGGCAUCACCAGAUGGUCAGGACACGCUGUACCUCUGCGGAGCAAAUUGAGGAGAUAGCUCUCACCACCUCCCACCUCCACUCUCACAGAUGCAGAAAGUCAGUGUUGCACAUCAGCCAUGAUCACUCCAGCUCAACUUGUGCGUCCCCUGCAGACUUACAUCAGGACCUUCGUUGGAGAUUCAGCUGCACAGGGUUUGGUGUUAUGAAAAUGCUUUUUUUUUGGCCAUGUUAAUAGUUCAACAAUUUACAGAGGAGGGAAGAGACCUGCCGCGCUGCACAAACACAGACUGAGACCUGUCGCAGUCCCGCUCUGACCACCUGAAUCCGACAUGGGGAAAGUCUACUACGUCAGUAAAAAUGUGGGCCUUGCGCUGCUCGUACUGGCGGCCAUUGCUUUGGCCACGAUCGUAGCUCUGUCCAUUGCCUACCACAAGGAAAGAGCCAAGAAUCGAAGCAGGCCUGGAGACGGAGGGCCAGAUAGCACAAGCAUGCCGACACCCUCUACUACCCCCCUCACCUCGAAGGAUCCCUGGGACCACUAUAGACUUCCACAGUCGCUUGUUCCCGUCUCUUACAAUGUGACCCUGUGGCCCCGGCUGGAGCCCAAUGCAGACGACCUGUACAUCUUCACUGGACAUUCAGCGGUGGUCUUCAGAUGUGUGAAGGAAACGGACCUCAUCAUCAUCCACUCCCGCAGGCUCAAUCUCACCGGGAACCAUGCCAAACUGCGUUGCCUGGGUGCAGUCACCGCGCCCGCCAUACUGAAGUCUUGGUUUGUGGUGAAGACGGAGUUUCUGGUUCUUCAGCUGCGCAGCAGACUAGCUGUGGGAGCGAACUGCGCUCUUCACACUGAGUUUCAGGGAGAGCUGGCAGACGACCUGGAAGGCUUCUACAGGAGUGAAUACGUUGAGGAUGGGGUGAAGAAAGUCGUGGCCACCUCGCAGAUGCAAGCGACAUAUGCCAGGAAAACCUUCCCUUGCUUCGACGAGCCAGCCAUGAAAGCGGUCUUCAACGUCACCAUCAUCCACAGCCGAGGCACCGUGGCGCUGUCCAACGGCAGGGAAAUUGAUGCUGCAGACUCUGUCAUUGAUGGCGUUCCGGUCAAAAUAACUACAUUUGAGCCCACGGAGAGAAUGUCCUCGUACCUGUUGGCGUUUAUCGUCAGUGACUUUGUCAGCAUUCAGUCAAACCAAAACAACAAGUUGUUGAUCCGGAUCUGGGCUCGGAUGAAAGCCAUAGGCGAGAGACAGGGUGACUACGCUCUCAACGUAACAGGGCCGAUCCUGCAGUUCUAUGAGCGCUACUACAAUGCAACAUACCCACUGUCCAAGUCAGAUCAGAUAGCUCUGCCCGACUUCAAUGCUGGGGCAAUGGAGAACUGGGGUCUGGUCACAUACAGGGAGACGGCCCUGCUCUAUGACCCCGUCAUGUCCUCCACUGGAAACAAAGAGAGGGUUACAACCGUCAUCGCCCAUGAACUUGCACACAUGUGGUUUGGCAACUUGGUGACACUGCGAUGGUGGAAUGACCUGUGGUUGAACGAGGGCUUUGCAUCAUAUGUGGAAUACCUGGGUGCCGACCACGCCGAGCCCACCUGGAACAUGAAAGAUCAGAUCAUCCUAAAUGAAGUGCACAAUGUGUUUGCUGUGGACGCCCUGGCCUCCUCUCACCCACUGACACGCCGAGAAGAGGAAGUCAACGACCCUGCGCAGAUCAGCGAGAUGUUUAACACCAUUUCCUACAGCAAGGGAGCGGCCGUUGUCAGGAUGUUGUCAGAGUUUCUCACAGAGCCUGUGUUUGCCAGAGGACUCAGUUCUUACCUGAACACAUUUGCCUUCAGCAACACAGUGUACACAGACCUGUGGGACCAUCUCCAAAGGGCAGUUGAAAACACACCAGGUAUUCAUAUUCCACACACUGUCCAUGACAUCAUGAACCGCUGGACUCUCCAGAUGGGCUUCCCAGUGGUCACCAUCGACACCCGGACAGGUAGUGUCACUCAGAGACACUUCCUGUUGGAUUCAGACUCUGUAGUGGAAAGGCCCUCUCAGUUCAAUUACACAUGGUUUGUCCCUAUUAAAUGGAUGAAGACAGGCGUGGAGCAGCAACAGUACUGGCUCCUUCAGAAGACAGACACCAACAGUCUGAUGCGAGUGUCAGGACAUGACUGGGUGCUGGCAAACACAAACGUGUCUGGAUACUUCAGGGUAAACUACGAUCUUGACAACUGGGGCCGUCUCGUCUCCUUGCUCAACUCCAACCAUCAGGCCCUAUCAAUCAUCAACAGAGCACAGAUCAUAGACGAUGCAUUCAAUCUAGCAAGAGCCAAAAUAAUAAGUACAACAUUAGCCCUGACAACAACCAAAUACCUGUCCAAGGAGAGAGACUACAUCCCUUGGGAGUCAGCUUUGAGAAACCUCAACUACUACAUCCUCAUGUUUGACCGCACUGAGGUCUAUGGCGCUUUACAGGCAUACCUCAGGAAGCAAAUACAACCACUCUUUGAGCACUUCAAGUCAAUUACAGCUGACUGGACCAAAGUGCCAACAGGCCACACUGACCAGUAUAAUCAGAUCAAUGCCAUUGGCAUAGCCUGCAGUAUGGGUGUGGGCAGCUGCAGAGAGUUGAUCAAAAGCUGGUACAGACAGUGGAUGGCAAAUCCAAGCCACAACCCGAUCCAUCCCAACUUGAAAAGCACAGUUUACUGCAGCGCCAUAGCUUUCGGCGGCGCGGAGGAGUGGGACUUCGCCUGGACAAUGUUCAAGAACGCCACUCUGGCUUCUGAAGCGUCCAGGCUGAGGUCAGCCAUGGCCUGCACCAAAAAACCAUGGCUUUUGAACAGGUAUCUGGAGUACACCCUGGACCCAACCAAGAUCCGCAAGCAGGACGCCACCUCCACCAUCCAGACCAUCUCAGGCAAUGUUGUGGGAAUGCCUCUGGCCUGGAACUUCAUCAGAGCAAAAUGGAGUUACAUAUUUCACCAGUAUGGAAGAGGAUCCUUUUCCUUCUCUAAUCUUGUAGGCGGAAUCACAAGAAGAUUCUCCACAGAGUUUGAGCUGCAGGAGCUGAAGAAAUUUAAAGAAGACAACCUUCGAGUGGGUUUCGGCUCGGCCACCUUGGUCCUGGAGCAGGCCAUAGAGAAGACCACGGCCAACAUCAAAUGGGUGACAGAGAACAAAGCCCAUGUGCUGCAGUGGUUGACUGACGAGUCCACAUGAGAACACUUGAGAGGUUCACAGUUUUUUCUUUUUGUAUUUACUGUCAGGUACAAUCAGUACAAUCAUCAGGAACAACAAGUGACCAGUCCCCUCUUCUCGGUGACAAAGACAACUGGUGUGACAUUACAUCAGUGAACAACCGCUUCACUGUAACGGAGCAGGCAGUUGACUAUGUUUCAUUGUGUGUAUCACGACAAAAUGAAUAUUUUGAACUCUUAACCCUCAGAAAUGCAUUCAUUGGUACCUUUUUUCUCCUCCUCAUGCUUUACUUUAUAAUUUGCUUUAUACAACAAUGUGUGCUAUUCAUUUAAACCAUUACUGUGGUGAGCCAUAACUCCCUUGUGUAGAACACCAGAGCAGCUUUCAAGUGACUGAAACCUGUGACUGUGAUGGGGAUUAUUAUGGGGCCAGUAUUGUAGCAAUAUUAUUUGUUACAAACACACGUGUCUGUGUUUGCUACAAAUAUUGGCCCCAGACAUUAUUAACCACCUUACAAUGCAGAUGACAUACUUCACUUCAAAGUGCCUGCGUUAUGAAUAAAGUUCGCGUCUGAAGGCUGCAAAUAUUUAUUUGCUCAAUCGUUUUUUUCCCCCAACUCUGGUAAAUAGCACAUUUCCCGUCAUAUCUCAGAACCGUGUCUCUUUACGCUGAGAAUUAUUUUGCACCUCAGUGGAUGGGAUAGGGAGUUGUUGUGAAAAGUGAUCUUAUUGAAUAAAGUAGCCCGAUUUCAA